UAGAAAAUAAACGGAAAGGGAUUAAUGGCAAUUUGGAGCUUUGAGGAUGUAACCGUGCGACGAAAUGUUGAGAGUGAUAUUCAACGAUGACAAGAUUCUCGAAAAUAUAUUCACAGAUCAAGGAGCACUUCUAUAACUUGAACGUCAACUGUUCGUGUUAAAUUUGUUCAACGUAAUACGGAAACUGCGGAAACACUCUAUAUCGACUGAUUGAGAAAGUAAAAAAGAAAUGACACUCUAUUGUGAUUAAUAUUAACAACGAGGAAUUUUUCUUACUUUCUAAAAUCUGUUUGAUGAAGUGUUUUUCAAAAAAUGUUACCGCCGAUUAUAAACAACAUUAACAACGACAUCUUGACGCUGUACACUAAUCAGAAUUCGGCAAGACCCACCGUCAGAUCAACGAGAGGUCGCUACGCGGAAAUUGGCGUUAAAAGGAGUGAUGUAUUCCUGGAACCCUACUUACAACAGCAUGGCACUGUGCAGGUCAUCAAUUCGCCAAGCACUCCGCCCCCGCUACCUGUUCCAUUGCAACACCGACAGCUUGCACAACUUCAUCACGUACAGAGCGAGGAGUCGCUCUCCUCCGAAGGAUCGGGCAGCACCGGUAGUUCGGCGGGUUCCUCGGAUCAUUCGGGAAGCGAAGUUGCCUGUGACAUCACCCUAAUCGAAAGGCUGAUUCGUUCCCAUCCAAUAUGGUUCCUCCCGGGUAUUCAGAGGGCCGGGGCAUUCCACUUAUUGCAAGGAAAAGAAGAGGGUAAUUUCGUCGUACGACAAUCGAGUCAAAGCGACACAAUGGCUUUGUCGGUGAGACUUCCCUCAGGCAAGGGUCCUUACAUCGAGCACUAUUUGAUCCAGGCCAACAGGGGCCAGCUCAGCCUGGAAACCAGUGAAAAUAGAUUCGACAAUAUCCCCUCAUUGAUAGCGCAUUAUUCCCAAUGCUGCAGUGACGAAUUACCUGUGCAGCUUACUUUGCCACGAGCAAUGCGCGACGCUAAAAACAGGCAACAACUCUCUUCACUCGCACUUUUGGGCCAAGAGUUUUGGAGAUAUCCAAUGGCUAAUCCGAAACCUCCCGAAAGUGGUAGCAGCAAUACGUCAAGUUUGAGCAGCUUUCACGGCGGUAACAACAAUAAUCCAAACACACCAACGACGGAAAGUAUAGUUCUCAAUCUUGCUCCAAUUUCAACGCAUAAUACAACAGCAAAUUCGUCGCCGACGAACACGAUAGCGACGUCAUCAUUUCAGUCGUCGUUACCGAGACAACCGAGGCCUACGCCCCCGAACACGCUAAAUUUAACGACGUUUAACGAGCCGUUAGAUACAAAAAAGGAUAACGUUGAGAAAGUAGUCUCAACCGCUGACAAAUUACUUUCUCAAAAAUUAAUCUCGCCAAAUUUGGUACAAAGCGUCCGGUGCCCCUCGCCGGUAGUUCACAAUGUACAAAACAACGUUCUCAGCCCUUCGGAGGCGAAGGCUAAUUUCGAAUCUUCUAAAAGUAUAACGGAAUUUUCGAAAAAUAAUAAAUUCUCAAUUAACACGUCGUCGUCAACAUCGAAUUUCCAUCAAAAUAUAUCGAAUUUUAAUCAAUUUUCGAAUGCCAACUCACCCGUUAUACCUGAAGUCAAAGGUAUUGUUUUGGACAACCAAACUCUCGUUCAAAAUGUAAAAACACCCCCACCUCCGCCUCCACGGUGGGCGAAACCCGGGAUUAGUCAGAGUCAGAAUAACUUCACCGUUACGACUACGGUCACCUUUAAUGUUAACCAAAAUGGAGACGUCGGAACUUCGCUGCAAACCACACCGUCGGAUCCAAGCACUUCUCUCCUCAGUCCUCAAAGCAUGAAUUCUAACAAAUCGCUGACGUCGAGCAUCUCUAACAAAUCGCCACUAUCGCCGACGACCCCGAUACUUUCGCCCAGCUCUAAAAUAGUCUCGAGCAUUGGCUCAAAAACGCCCAAUGUUUUGUCGCCAACGACACCCUCUGGAACGAGUAAAUCUAAGAGAAGACGAGACAGAGAGGCCAGAAAGAAUUCACAACAUUAUCAGGAAUCCGAUAUACUAGACUCGUAUUACAGAAGCUCUCCAGGAGAUAAAAUAUCGGACUAUGAAGAUAUUUGGAAUACGACCGAUCAAUCCAAUCACUCCACUUGGUCUCCCAACGAAAAAUCGGGGAAAAAUGAUAAGGUCAUUAGCCCGAAUGACCGACUGACCAACUCUAAUGAUCGCGCUAAUAUCCAGGACAGAUUGUCGGACCUGAACGAACGAUGCGCCAGUGAUAGGCUGUCGGAAAACGAUCAAUUUGUCCUUAAAAAGGAGAAGUUUUUACUGAGAAACGAUAGAAAAAUCGCUGGAGGGAAUACGGAGAAACUUAGCUACAAAGAAGUUACCAGUCCCGAGUUCAGCAGUUUUAAACCCUUCGCCGAAAAUCACGGCCUAAAAUGUUCAGAUUCGAGUUCCCCGGAGGAAAUCGGAAUGGGAAAAAGACCGGAUCUGCUUUCCAGAGUUUGCAGUGCCAAUUCUUUGAGUAGCCCAAACACAACGACACCUCCUAGAAACAAGCUGGGUCUUAUGCUGGCAAAAUCUGAGAGCAGCAGUCCAAUGACCCCCGAGUCGAAGCAGGGUAGUCCAUUUUACGCAGAACCAGCCGAUGCGAUAGCUCAAAGUACGGCAAUCGUGGCUCGAAGACGUCCGAGAAACAAUCCUGUGUCCAGCAAAUAUCGUCACAGCGAACCUGGCUGGCUUCAAACCCCUGUCGGAGCGAAUGCCAAUCAGCUUCAUCCCAUUGAUUGGGAUGAUUCGGAGGAAACAGAGGACAAAACACCGCUGAUAUCUUCUUCGGUAGAUAAUUUAGCCAAGCGCCUGGGUGUCAGAGAGAUAAAAAAAAUUCCUAGAGCAAAACCAGUCCAGCCCCCUAAAGUUAGAAAUAAAAUGUUCAAUGACACUUCCUGGGCUGUUGAUUCUAGCUGGGAAUUUAUCGGAAAUGAAGAAGAAGAAUGCGAACCAGAUUAUGACUGUGACAUCGAUUAUGAGGGAGAUAUGGCCAGGAAAUUCCCAGACGAAGAUGUGGAAAGGGAUGCUGUUGGAAAUACCUUGACUGUUCAGAGUAUCAUACUUCAAAGGUACCCUGAGUUUCUGAGACCUCCGGAUGCCAUGGAAACCCUCGGUAGCGAUCGGAAUUCGUCGUACGAUAACGUUGAGAAGAGGAAUGAGAGAAACGAAAAAAAUGAGAGAGUUGAAACACCGGAUUCGAGGAGAUGCAUGGAUCUUCGUGCCUACGAUCCAUCUGAGUGGGAAACUAUGAUAGAGACUGACGAAAGCGACGUUGAAAGAAUAAAACGAAACAAAAGCUUCAAGGAACGUCUAGACCCACUUCUAUCACCUCCAAGACUUCAAGCUUUAAGAAAUCGAGACACAGGAACAGGAUCAACAAUACGUUGUUACGCAUUGCAGCUUGCCGUAGAUAAAACAACAACAUUUUCACAAAACAUUGAUAAUUUCAUUCAAUGCACGAAAGAGGGAAAGGAGGCCAGUCCGCAUGUUGUCAUGAGAAACAUGCGACAAUUCAUGUCUGGUAUGAAAAACUACUUGGUAAAACAUGGAGAACGAGAAUUUGAAAAGGAGGUGGAGAAGGAAAGACUGAAACUAAAGCCAAAUGAAUUUCUGAACCUCGAUGCUAUAUUGGAAGGAGUCAUGAUGGGUCUUGUCGUUAGACCUCUCAGAGAACACGUCUAUCAACUCUUCGUGGACCAUUACGCGGCGACAGGUUCCUUACACACAUUGGCAGACAGUAUUCAGUACGCUUAUGGAAAACAUAUUCAAGAACUAGGAGUUCGGCCAAAAAUCAUUCCACCAAGUGAAACAAGCCUAGAGAUCAUCCUGAAGUACAUCGACCGUUUGCAAAAGGCAGAUUCUCCCUUGGAUAAACUAGAAAAUCUACUGGCAGCUAUAUCGGCAAUAUUUAAUUCUGUAAAACAAUCAAACUCAGGCCGUCAUAUUACGUUGGGAGCUGACGAUCUGCUGCCGCUUUUGGUCUGGGUAUUGGUACGCGGACGAGUCGUUGGGGCUGAAGUUGAAGCCGAAUACAUGUGGGGCUUACUGCAUCCGUCAUUGCUGACUGGAGAGGGUGGUUAUUACCUGACAACACUGUCUAGCGCUGUUCAUGUGUUGAAAACUUUCAAAUCAAGCCAAGGAACAAUGUCUACAUUAAAUGGCUCUGGAACCCCAGACUGCUCUUCUGUACUAAGAAUACUGGUCCCAGAUGAAUUACAUGGUUCGUUAAACACUAGAACUUUGCCCGUUCGCCCGAACAACAACACUCGGGAAAUAUGCCGUAUUCUUGCACACAAGAUUCGUUGCACAAAUCCACAAGAUUAUGGUCUCUUCAAAUUAGUCCAAGGAGAGGAAACGCUACUCGGUGAUCAUGAAUGCCCCCAAGAGUUAUCUCACUGUGUAUUUGCCUACAAGCGAAUCGAUGCCAAGAUUGCCUGGCCAAAAACGAGUUCAUAAGUGAUAAUAUAAGUCAAUGCCGAAAUUUCAUUUAUGCAAUCGGGAAUUAUCUGAGUAUAUCACAUUAUUUUAAUCGGUUCACAAAUAUUUUACAAAUAUUUGACAAUGGUAAGUCUUUGUGAAACACGUAAAUAGUAACACAGAACGUAUUUCUGGAUCGACAAUACUACUAAUCGUAAUAAACAGCUGAAAGUUUUAUUGAGAUUGAUCUUUUUUCCCCAAUUGAUUAGAGAUAAAAAAAAUUACGUUAACAUUAAUUGAACCAGUAACGAUACUCGUCAUAAUGCUACCAGUUGCAUGUUAUGCAUAUUAUUCAAUCCAGCAGAGAUCGAAUACUUUGAACUAGAAAUCAUAUCUAUCAUUAUGAAUGACAGCUGAACUUAAAAUAUAGAACCGAUGUUCUGACCAUCCACUUUUUGAGCUAUUUAUUUCAAAAUAUUUAACCGAAAAAUAUACAACUAAUUUUGAUCUAUUAUAAUAUUGAAGCAUUAGUCUGUAGCAUAUAUAACAGUGGUCGGCUUCCCUUCAAUGAUAGAUCUUCUGUUCGUCACUGCCAGAGUAAAUGAAUUAUUUAAAACUUCAUGUGAUCUAACUCAUUUAAUCAAUCUAAACAACAUUGUCAAGUGAUGUCACUCAGUAUUCGAGAUUAGUUACACAUCUACAAUAAUUACAUUCAUAAUUAGCUUUAUCAAUAUCCUUGGACAAGCUUUAAAAUAAAAUUCAGCUCAUAAGAAAUGAGAAAGCAAAAUUCUUCGAAAGUCGUGAAACAUUCCUUCCACCGUUUCUGUUACUAUUUCUUAAACUCACAGUAAGAUGAAGGUCUGAUUACAAUCUAACUUGUAAUAAAUACGGUUCAAGAGUCGCAGAAUGUUCAUCUAUAUUUUCUGAGGAUCAUACUUGUCUCUAGUGAUAGAAUUAUUAAGUUCAGAUCUUCGUACACCACCUGGCUCAUCCCUACAAGAUUAAAACGUCUAGAGUAUCCGAGCUUUUAUUUCAGAGCUUGUUCUGGAGAUAUCAAUAUAUACAUUUUCUAUAACCGGGCAGAUUUGUAGCAAAUUUCGUAAGACAAAAUCUAGAUUAGAAUACGAAAAUUUAGGAUAGAAUCUAUUUUAAGUACUUUUUAUGAAACUGAGCUAGUUAGCUGGUAAGCGAGCGAUAUUUUAUGCAGAACAAUAUUUAUUUAACGUUGUAUACAUUUUUC